CACAAGAUGUCAACAUGUGGCAGAGUGGCUCUUGUGAGCAGCAGAGAGUCAAGGCGCACAGUGUGUCCGUGGAGACGCUGCUGAGAGGAUUUCCACUCUGAUCGCGUUCGUUAUUGAUUUGGAUCCACGUGAUGUUGAUGGAGAGACGUUGUCGGGGAUCACAGAGGAUCCACCUACAGGAACAGACUCCUCGGUGUUUCACUGCCUCCUCCCUCCUCUCGUUGUCAUCCUGCGCCCUCCGCACAGGGAAGCCGCAGUCUCCAGCGAGCGGAGCGCAAAAUUAAACCUCUUUUUCUCCGAUUAUAAAACGGGAUCGGGAGGAUAAAAAACAAACUGCUUCACUUUCGCACCGUUUCUGCAAACUUUCAAUGGGACCCGAAGACUGAGGCCAGCUACCUGCAUCGCUUUAACCCAGAGCCGCAACCAUGGACUGUUGCGCAUUUGGUUCGGUGCGCCUGUUGUUUCCAGGAUAUUUACGCAUGGCGCUGCUGUGGGUUGUGCAAUUAGGAGCGUUCGCGCAACAUGCUCCAGAGUGUUACCCAGGAGGCCAUCAGAUUUUGCAUAAUCCCUAUCGCAGCGUCGACUUCGACUCCACAGAGAUCCAGAACACGGCCAUCCAGGACCUGAUCUGUGACCACUCGCUGUCACCAGGCUGGUACAGAUUCAAGAUCAACAACAAGCCAGCGGAGAUGCCGACCACCUGCGUUGAGAUGAAUCGCUGUGGUACGCAGGCUCCGGUGUGGCUUUCCCUGAAGGACGCCUCCCUGCCGCGGCCCGGCGAGGUCCGCCAGCUCUCUGCCUGUGCCACCUGGCAGUUCUUUCACGGCAGUGCCAAGGACUGCUGCCUCUUCCGCAUCCCCGUCACAGUGCGGCACUGCGGCGAGUUCCUGGUCUACUACCUGCAGCCCACGCAGGGGUGCAUGGGAUACUGCGCUAAAGUUGCUCCAGAUUUGGGACCCAGACUCUGCCCACCAGGUGAGGUUGAAGUGAACGGCCGAUGCAAAGCUGCCAUUCCAUCCCUGCCGUCUCGACCAGUGAUCACCACGGAGCUCAUCGGCCAAAGUGUCCACCUGAGGUGCUCGUUCAUCCCACCGCCGUGGAGCCAGCCACUGGGCUUUCAGGUGGUUUGGGCCAGACACAUAGGCCACAGCAUGAAAGCUGAGAUCAGGCAGGAAUCCACGCUGAAGCCCUUCUCCCUGGCGGAGAUGGAUGGCGUUCACUUCAGGCUCGGAGAAACGUUCUCCUGCAGUGUGUCGACUUUCAGAGCCAACUCCAGCCACAGCAGAUCUACUCCAAAAGAAAGUGAGAGUUUCUACGCUGGACUGAAGUUUUCUCCAGACUUGCUCCACAUAGCAGAGAACAGUAAGGAGCAUGAGGUGACCGUCCACAGCACAGUGCCUGUUCCCUGCUACGGCCCCGACCAUGGUCACCAGUGUGGAGUUCCCCUGGCUCUGAGCGUCCAAGACCCAGACAGUCUCGGACAUGAGGUCUCAAAUGUGGCGCUAUCCGCCUGCCAGGUGGAACUCCAGCCUAAUGUCUGCAGCGACGGCAGCUGUGGCCAGGCAACCUUUUUUGUCACUGCUGUCACCGAUUUCACACGAGAUGGGAACCGAGCAAGUCUGAUCAGCGUUUUGCCCGGACCCAGCGCACCACGACUCUGGAGAAACUACAUCCCAACAUCCCUGAAAGUCAUGGUCCAGGACGUUCCUACUUCCAUCUGCUACUCUCUGACUGAUCCACAUGUCAUUACCCUGGACGGCAGGCGUUAUGAAAACCACCAAACUGGCACCUUUGUUCUUUACCGGAGCCUCGUCAGGGAGUUUGAGGUCCACUCUCGCCAGUGGGACUGCGGCAGCCGACACUACGCUGUCGCCUGCAACUGUGGUGUUGCGGUGCGAGAGGGGAACGAGAUUGCCAUCUUUGACAUGUGCAAUGGCCAGCCGCAGGAAACCAGGCCACAGCUUACCCUGAAGAACAUAGGUGACAGGGAGGGCAGUCGAGUCAGGGUCCUGGAGUCCCACCAGGGGAAGAAGGUCACCUUGAUCUUUCCCUCCGGGGCCUUUGUUAGGGCCGAUGUUGGUGACUGGGGGAUGAGCCUUUCCAUCAGGGUGCCCAGCGUUGACUACAGCAACACGCAAGGCCUCUGUGGCACCUUUGACCGAAAUGGCAACAACGACUUUCACGGCUCUGAUGGUGGCUCCUUUGGCCCAGAUGACCUACCUCGCUUCAUAGAGAACUGGAGGAUAGCUCCUGGUGAGAGUUUAUUUGACAAGACACCUCCUGGGACGAUGCAGGAAGUCAGGAGGCCUUUCUGUCAGUGCCAAAAAGGAUACAGCACUUCUCAUCACGCUGGCAGGGGGAUGAGGAACUUGUACAAUCCUUCCGCUCACUCCGACUGCAUAUCAUACCAUAAUGUGGAUUACACAUCUGUGUUCCCCUCUAUGGACACAACAGUGGAAUACAUAAAGAGUCCAGAAAGAGAGGAAAGCAUCCUGGAUAUGGCCUUUAACAGUCAUCCUCUGGAGAGGAGGCACCUUCGGUCUCACAGCGAGAACAAUAAAGACAGUGAUGGUGAGCUGGGCGGUGAGUUCAGGGAGGAUCUUCUGCUUUCUGUUGACAGGCCGAAAAGAAAAGCGUCAUUUGAAUUCCAGCCUGUCUUCACUUCUCAGAGCUUCAGCCAGGCUGAUCUGGAGAACCUUGCCUACUUCUUCCCUGAGGAUCACUUGGCAGAAGCCCGACCAGACUUGCAACCACAGUGGCCCACGCCGAGCGGCCUAACCUCAGCCAAAGCUCUAGAGGUGUGCCAGAUAGCUUUGGCCAACUCGACUGUUGGUGCAGUGUGCCGGGGCCUGCUGGGACGCCGCCUAGAGGAGACAGUGGAUCUCUGCAUUCUGGACCUGCAGCUCAAAGACGACCUGGGGUGGGAGGAGGCACUGCUGCCGUACCUAGAGAAUGAGUGUGAGAGGAGGCUGUUGGAAAACCGGACCCAGAGAGCAAUGGAGGUGGGUGGUCCAUCAGGAGCAUCCAUUGAGGUGGUGACAGCCCUGCGCUGCCCCAACUUUUGCAAUGGAAAUGGAGAGUGCACAGAGUGGGGCUGCCAGUGCUAUCCCGGCCACAGCUUCUACGACUGCAGCCUGACCAUCAGCCAGCCAGUGGAGUUAACAGAUUUGGAGAACGGUGGUUUGUGUGACAUCCGAGCCUUCAACUGUCGCAACAUUCGAGUCUUCGGUCUUGGCUUCAUCGACUCUCCUGACCUUAGCUGCCAUGCCACCAGACUGAAGUAUAUGAAUGGAGUUUGGGUUCCAGGGGAAAAACAGAGAACGAAGGCCACCUUCCUCAACUCCAAGGCUUUAGACUGUGCUGUGCCAUCUCUGAGCAACACAGCCGUCAAUACAGAGGACUUCAUGAUGGACGAUAAACCAUACGCACGCUGGGAGAUUAAGGUAACCAAUGAUGGCUCCCAGUACAGCAAGGCCAAGGUCUUGACAAUCUACGAUGGCGUUUGCCAGGUCUGCGAGGCAUCACGCUCAGGACUCUGUAAGUUAAAGGAGAGGACAUGCAACAUCGACGGGAUGUGUUUCACAGAGGGAGACGCCAAUCCCAGCAGCCCUUGCCUCCUCUGUGACCCGGACACCUCCAAAUUCACCUGGUCCGUAACCCAAGUAAAUGAGCCGCCGGCCUUUCACCGACCUCAAAGCGACAUGCGGACAUUUGCUGGGGAGAACUUCGUCUUCCAGUUUGCGGCAUCUGACCCGGAGGGCUCUGCACUUCUCUUCCAGCUGGAGGAAGGGCCAAAGGGGGCUGUCCUCUCCCCUGCCGGCCUCCUUAUCUGGAGGGUCCCAUUGUUUCCUGACGAGGAGGAGGGAAGUCGAUCGAGGCGCUCCUUCCGCUUCACGCUGUCAGACGAGUGCAACGCCCAGAACACCUUCACCGUGGAGAUUGAUGUGGUGCCGUGUGGGUGUCAGAAUGGAGGUUCGUGUGUGACGGAUGUCAAUUUCCCUGCUGGCAGUGGGAAGUACCUGUGUGUAUGUCCUGAGGGUAAGCAGGGCCACCUCUGCGACGAGGAUGUAGACGAAUGUUUGUCGGCUCCGUGCACAGUCGGCAAGUGCAUUAACACAGCCAGCGGGUACAGGUGCGAGUGUCCUGCAGGGUUGAGAGGUGUAACAUGCCUGGAAGAUAUCAAUGAGUGUGAAAGGAAGCCUUGUUUCCAAGGAGUUCAAUGCUUCAACAGCUUUGGCUCCUAUGGCUGUGGCCCGUGCCCCAAAGGCAUGCUGGGAAAUGGGACGACAUGUACAGUCGUCCGGCCAGUCCCCAUCUCUCCCACAUCUGCUCCUCGUAUGACUGUCUACAAGAUCCCAGAUGUUCUGCUGCAACUACCCAAAACAAAGACAGACACUUUCCAGAAGACCUCAAGUGGUAGGCCCCUACAGACGAGGGCUGAGGCUGGGAAGACAAUUCCAAGGCUUGACCCAAACCAAUCAAAACCUAAGACCACCUCUUUGAGGCAGAUUCCAGGAAUAAGCCAGAACCCAGCACUCUCUAAGGCAGAAACUAACAAGAGCAUCACAGCAAUUACACCAAUUGUGUCCCAAACAAAGACUGAUGCUUUGAGGAAAACCCAAGGAAUUAAACUUAACCCAUCCAGAACUAACACAGACACCAACAUCUCAGCAAUUACAGAAGACCAAGUCAAGCCUGAUCCGCCCAAAAUCAGCACUACUAUUGCCAAGACAUCCACUGUCACACAGCCAUCGGGAAAUGGCAGACCAGCUUCAGGAUCUGGUCAGUCUCCGGCUGUGAAUGUGUUGGCUACAUGUGCCAGUAGGCCCUGCUUCCCCGGGGUUCAGUGCAUCAACCGCAGGCCGCCACAUGUCGGCUAUGUUUGUGGCCGCUGCCCCCCCGGCCUUUACGGCAACGGACGCAUCUGCAUGAAGAACGCCAAGGCAGCAUCCAAUCAUCUUCCUCAGCAGCAGACGGUAGCCAAGUCCAGCCGAUUCCCGCACGGUAGCAGCAGCAGCAGCAAAGCCUCCCAGCUCCACCUGCCUAACCUUCCCACCAGGCAUGGUAUCAAACACCUGUCCUUGUCUGUCACAAGAGCGAGUCGAGAUAAUACACCACAGGUUCCCACCUCAGGGAGGGGAGGCGGGACGGGGAGGCGAGAGGCGGUCACUGCUUCAAGAGAUGUUCCUAGAACCUCAAUCAGUGCCCACCACGUCACUGCAAACACUCACAUCACUCGCCAAAGUGCCAUCGUCAGAUCAGAUGCCAGGACAUACUCCAGAUCUAGCCUGGCUUUCUCCAGGGUUUCUACAGUUCCCCAUGUGACCGUUUCAAGGCAGUCUGAAGGAGCACUGACUGCUGCCACACCUUCCAAGGUAACACCGCCUGCUCCUCACCUGUCCACUCAGUCUGGCAAAGUGACGCUCAACCAUCUGGCAUCUACCCAGGCCAAACACUGGACCCCUCCAAAACCUGUUCUCCCACUCACAGCGGCCCUCACCGCUCUGUCCUACUCAUUAUCUGAGUCGGAGUUCUCUGCAGAUGGAGAUGAGGCUGAGACUGGAUCCGAAGGCCCAGAGAUGCCACACAUGGUCCCGGCAUUGACCUUCACAACACCGGGCAAGACGGCCUAUAGCAGCUCCCUGCUGCAAAGAGCUACCUCCAUCCGCCCAGGGGACAGGAGCGGUACGACAGCCAACAAACAUGUGAUGACCUGCGCUGACCAUCCGUGUUUUCCUGGUGUCUUGUGUGAACCAGCAAUUGAUGGGGGUUUCCGCUGUGGGAGGUGUCCUGUAGGGUACACCGGAGACGGACUGGCCUGUCGAGCUGUUUGCAGACAUACAUGUGGUAGGAACAUGGAGUGUGCAGCGCCCAAUACAUGCCGCUGCAAACCAGGCUACACUGGCUUCAACUGUCAGACAGCAAUCUGUGAGCCGGAUUGUAUGAACGGGGGUGUUUGCAUAGCUCCGGGUGUGUGUCAGUGUCUCAGAGGCUUUCAUGGAGAAACCUGUCAGGAAGCUCUGUGCAGACUUCCGUGUGAAAACGGAGGCACCUGCGUGGGACUGCAGACUUGUUCCUGUCCUUAUGGGUUUGUUGGACCUCGAUGUGAGACCAUGGUGUGUAGCCGUCACUGUCACAACGGAGGCCAGUGCGUGUCUCCAGACAAGUGCAUGUGUUCGCCAGGCUGGACCGGACUGUCCUGUGAGACUGCUCUCUGUUCUCCCGUAUGUCUGAACGGAGGUUCGUGUCUUCGGGCAAAUAUUUGCGAGUGUCCUCACGGUUUCUACGGGGCACAAUGUCAGAAUGCUGUCUGCAGUCCUCCCUGUAAGAAUGGCGGUCUGUGUAUGAGGAACAAUGUCUGCUCCUGUCUGCAGGGAUACACCGGGAGGCGAUGCGAGAAAAGUGUGUGUGAGCCCAUGUGUAUGAACGGCGGCAGGUGUGUCGGUCCAGAUGUUUGUGAUUGUCCGUCAGGUUGGCGAGGAAAGAUAUGUGAUAAAGCCAGCUGUCUGCAUAAGUGUCUGAACGGAGGCGAGUGUGUAGGAGCCAACACCUGCCACUGCGCCCCGGGGUGGCAAGGCAUGCUGUGUCAGAUCCCUCACUGUGAACAGAAGUGUCUUUAUGGCAGUCGAUGUGUCCGACCAAACGUCUGCGCCUGCCGGAGCGGACACUCAGGUUCUCUUUGCUCCAGAAGGCUCCCUAUUUUGCGAGGCUGAGACCCACUUACAAUCUACAAACACCAAACUGUUGGCGUUCAGUCAGCAGCAAUAAAACCUUCAGGUGAUCCAGAGCCAUCAGCACAGACCAUCAUCACAAGAAAACCCAAAGCAUCUCUGUGCAUUCAGUAAAGAGCCAAUCUUAGCAGAAAAAAAACAAAACUGGAAGGUGGGGGGAAAUGUAUGUUUUUACAACUGAAUCUGGUGGUUAUCCAUGUAACCUGAUCUCUCUGAGUAACCUGGUUUCUUGAGUGCAUGCAAACGCACUGUAUGAAACUGAAGUGGUUUGUUAUCCAGAAAUGCUUCCAAACUCCAAUACCAGACUAACAGAUCGAGGCUAACAGUUUCCCCCUGCUUCCAGUCUUUGUGCUGAGCUAGGCUAAUGAGAUGCUUCAUAUGCAUUCUGCAUUAUUUAAACACUUCAGUGUCUUAUAAUGAGUCCUAGAAGCUUAACUGUAUUAAAUCAUUUGCCGUGUUUCCAUCCAAGUGUAUCACAAAUUAAAAUCUAAUUUCGAGUGUAUCUGCAAAACAAAAUGCGAUUGAAUGCGAAUGUUAUGCGAUUAGCAUUAUGUGGCGCCAAUUCUCAAGGAAAGGGCGCAACAAGUACACGAGGGAGAUGUGACAUUUCUGUUUGAUGUUGAUUGAUAUUGAUGUGAGGAAGGUUACAUCAGAUCUGUGUGCAGCGAUUAUAGAUUCAUUUUGUAAAAUGGAAUUUUGCCAUUUCCCUCUUUUCUUACUUCAAAAUGUGCAUAAUACGGAGAUAGAAAAACGUCUGUUGCUUCGGACUAAUGUUCUUCUUAAAUGUUCAGUUUCUUUUUUGACCCUAGACGUCAUACAUGAAACGUAAACUUCAUCAUCAGGACAGGAGCUACAGUGGGGAGACUUUUACUGUAAAUGCCAUCAUGUUCAGGUUCUACGCUACAAACCCAAAACCUCCGUAUGAGUAUUUAUUUAUUUGGUUGUUUUAUAUUGACGCAUAUUUCUUGUUGUAUAUAUCUUAAUCACUGUAUAAUCUAUGUUAUUUCUUAUAAAAGCUUGUUUAUUGGUUGUUUUGUAAGAAAACUAAUAAAGAUCCUUUUAAGGUA